GCUGCAGGCUCCCCGGAGCCCUGGCUGCCUGGCAGCGUGGUUAAUGAUUGAUUACCCCCCGUGCCCCGUCCUGCGCUGCCCUGCCCGGGGAGCGAGUGCUGGAGCCCAGGGAAGCAGGAGGAUGCUGCUGCUGCUGCUGCUGGCGCUGCUGGGCCCCGCUGGCUGCCCCAGGACAGAGCCCCUGAGCGGCUCCAGCCAGGAGCCGCUGUUCCGCGGCGCCGAUCGCUACGACUUUGCCAUCGUCGUCCCUGCCGGCACCGUGGAGUGUUUCUGGCAGUUCUCACACCAGGGCGGCAACUUCUUCUUCAGCUACGAGGUCCAGCGGGCAACAGGGAUUGGCAACAGCAGGAGCAUCCUGGUCACAGCGAGUGAUCCCAACGGCUUCCAGCUUGGAGUGUCCCAGGACGUGCGAGGACAGAUCAACUUCCUCACCAAGGACACAGGUUUCUACCAGCUCUGCCUGGACAACCAGCAAAACCACUUCGGCCUCAUGCAGGUGUAUCUCAACUUUGGCGUGUACUAUGACGACUUCAACAUGGAACACAAGCAGCCAGCAGAGAGGAAGGAGCUGAACGACACCCUGGAGGCAAUUGGGGUGAGCAUCCAGAGGCUGCAGAUCCACACCUUCCACAUGUGGCGCUUCUACAACUUCGCCCGGAUGCGGAAAGGGGCCGACUCCUUCCUCCUGGAGUCCAACUACAACUACGUCAACUGGUGGUCCCUGGCCCAGAGCUGUGCCAUUGUCCUCUCCGGGGUGCUGCAGCUCUGCUUCCUCAAGCGCCUCUUCCACACACAAACCUCGGGCAGCCACAAGUGCUAGAACAGGGCAGGGACCCCCCUGCAGAGCCUGCCACUGUCCCACCACAGUCAGAGGAAAUGCUGGAUCCUGCUUCCAGGAGGAGGCUGCAGAGUUCCCCCUGCUCCUGCCUCAUCUCUAGCCCUGACACCAUCCUGAGAAAAGUCAAAGGCCACCCUGUCACCUGAGUUCUGUGUGGCUUUGUCACAUUUCUAUGAUUUAAUGGGCUUUUUCUACCAGACUCCCAAUAAAAGAACCCCUGGCAAAGUCUGGGGAGCGACUGCUG